AUGUUUAUAUUCUUUGGGCGUCUUAUUGGGGUUAAUGAGUACAGAAUUGGAUUAUUUAUGACACUCACUUUAAUUGGAGAUACAAUAAUUUCAUAUUUUUUAACAUGGAAUGCUGAUAUUAUUGGUCGUAAAAAAGUAAUGAUUAUAGGUUCAUUAAUGAUGUUUUUUUCAGGUUUAGUAUUUAUGAAUUUUACAAAUUAUUAUAUUUUGUUAAUUGCUGCAAUUAUUGGAGUUAUAUCACCACUGGGAGAUGAAACUGGUCCUUUUAAAUCUGUUGAAGAAGCUUCUAUUGCUCAUUUAACACUGUAUGAUGAAAGAGCAGAAGUAUUUGCUAUUUAUGGAGUUUUUGCAACUGCUGGAUCUGCUUUGGGGUCAUUAAUUUGUGGAUUUUUAGUUGAUUUCAUGCAUUUAGAUUUGGAGUGGCCACUCACUAGAAGUUAUCAAUAUAUCUUUAUUAUUUAUUCAAUUAUAGCUUUAAUUAAACUUACUUUGAUGUUGUGUUUAUCAAAAGAAUGUGAAAUUACAGAUGAAUCAACAGAAUUAUUGGAUAGUAAAUUAUCUACUACAACCAAAAAUCAUUUACCAAAAUUACUUGUUAUAUUUAUGUUAGAUUCUUUAGGUUAUGGAUUUAUGCCUUCAGCUUGGAUAGUUUAUUAUUUAAAAUUUAUAUUUGGUUUCACAGCUAAAGGGUUAGGUACUUUAUUUUUUAUUACAAAUCUGGUUGAUGCAAUUUCUUCAAUUCCUUCUGCUUAUUUUGCAAAUGCUUUGGGACCUGUUAAAGCAAUAAUUUUUACACAAGCUCCAUCAGCUUUAUUUUUUGGUAUUAUUGCAUUUUGUCAAAAUUAUAUUUAUGUGGUUAUAUUACUUAUUUUAUUUUAUACUACUUCAACAAUGGAUGUUGUUCCAAGACAGGUAUUACUUACUUCCAUAAUGCCUAAACAUGAAAUCACAAAAGUUAUGGGUAUAGUCAAUAUUGGUAAAACAUUUGCAAGAUGUAUUGGACCAAUUUUUACAGGAAAAUUAGCAGAAUAUAACCAUCUAAGAUAUAGUUUUUUAAUUAGUUCAGGUUGUACAUUACUUGCUGAUGUAAUAUUAGGAAUAAAUUUUUUACAUAUAGAAUUAAAUAAUUAA